AUGGACGGCUUGCAGCAGGAAGCACAGAACAUGGAUACACAUGCAGCAGGGUGGAGCUUGGAGCAGUUGGGAGAAGUUAUCUCCUUGGGCUCACUCGUUCUCCAGGGACAUGAAUGGAUGGUCACUAUCGCCGUCCUAGUGUUCUCCUGGCUGCUCGUCCUCACGGUGGUUCAGUAUCACCAAUCAGCUGCCCGCACAAGACUUCUCAUGGGUAUCACCCGAGCCCUUGCAGACCUGGAAGUGAAAGUCUCUGGAGGUCAGCCCCAACAACUGGCCCCGAGCUCGGAGACCCUUACAGCACUGCAAUGUCUGGAUGCCAAAAUGUUGCAGCUGAGCCAUGACAAUCAGCAACUACGUGUCGUGCAUCAACAGCUGCACGCCUUUAUGGAUGAGUUACAGCAAAAUCGCACUCUGCCUCUCUUGGAAUCAACAGUGCAGCAAAUUGCUGCAGUUGCAGAUGAGACUGGCAAAAAGAUGGAUCAGUGGAUGCAGGAAGUGCCCCCGCGCAUCAAGGAGAUCUAUGGCUUCACUUCUGCCCUCCCAAGGACAGAAAAGGCGGUGGCCUCUAUGGCGCUUGACACUGCCAAAAACUUCGGAAUGCAGGAGACGCUCAGCGAUGGACUCCUCAAGCAGGGCCGCGAAUCUCUUCACUACUUACAAAGCGAGCAGAAGUUCCAAGGCGACAAACUAACAGAGAUUAAGACGACGACGGAGGAGCUUCAUACUACGCUUAAGCAGACCAGUGUGGACCUGCAUGUGGCAAAGACGAGAAGUGAGCAGAAGCAAGAGAGUAUCCACAAGGAUAUUCAAGCCCUGGCGGGAUCCACUGCGAGCUCUUUCAGAGGCAUCAACGUGUUGGUUCCAGCUCACAAAACCCUCAUGGAUCACGUCAACAAUAUCCUCGACUAUUUGGUGAAGGCCAAUCAGGCCAAUGCCAAGGCCGACCAAGACCUCCUGUCUUUGCAGGAGAUCACGGGCAACACGGACACGAGGGCCCUCAGGAUUGAGUCUUUGCUUGGAGGCCUCCAGGAAACGCUCGCCGAAGUCCAGGAGGUCGUACUUCAGAUGGGCGAAGCACAAAAAAUCGUUCAAGAGCAAGUCCAAAUUGUCUUGGACCGGACUCCGAAGAUCCUCAAGCGGCCUCCGCCCAGUGGGGACACAGCCAGCAGUGCUCAGCCGGCGACGCCUCCUCCCAGCCAAGUGCCUCUGGACCCACCUGUGCAGCAGCAACCGCAGCCCUCGCCGAUUCGCCUCUCAGAGCACCUCCAGCCGUUGGCUGCUACAGGGCAACAGCCCAUUUGGAUGGUUCAGGACCCUCUCCGAAGUGUGUCGACGACGGACCUCCUCCGCACCCUACUGUCGAGGGGCAACUUCUGA